AUGACAACUUUAAAUGUUCCAAAAGAAACUAUGAGCAGAAAAGAUCCAGAAAAGUAUUUCACUAUUAUCGAAAAACUUGGUGAAGGUUCAUAUGGUUCAGUAUAUAAAGCAAUCAAUGCAGGUACAGGUAUAGUUGUAGCAAUUAAAAGAGUAUCAGUCGAUAAUGAUUUAGAGGAUAUGGAAAAAGAAAUCAACUUUAUGAAGCAAUGUAAGAGUCCAUAUAUUGUUACCUAUCAUGCUAGCUUUAGAAAGGAAAACGAAGUUUGGAUUGUUAUGGAAUAUUGUGGUGCAGGUUCAGUUUGUGAUGCAAUGAAAAUUACAAAUAAAACACUUUCAGAAGAUCAAAUUGCAGUUGUUAGUAGGGAUGUUUUACAAGGUUUAGCCUAUUUACAUUCGGUUAGAAAAAUUCAUAGAGAUAUUAAAGCUGGUAACAUUCUUAUGAAUCACAAGGGUGAAUCAAAAUUAGCAGAUUUUGGUGUUAGUGGUCAAUUAAGCGAUACAAUGGCAAAACGUCAAACUGUCAUUGGUACACCAUUUUGGAUGGCUCCUGAAGUUAUUCAAGAAGUUGGUUAUGAUUAUAAAGCAGAUAUUUGGUCAUAUGGUAUUACAUGUAUUGAAAUGGCAGAAUCAAAACCACCAUUAUUUAAUGUUCAUCCAAUGAGAGUUAUUUUCAUGAUUCCAAACCCAUCAAGACCACCACCAAAAUUAACCGAACCAGAAAAAUGGUCACCAGAAUUUAAUGACUUUUUAGCAAAAUGUUUAACUAGAAAACCAGAACAAAGACCUUCAGCUGAAGAAUUAUUAAAGCAUCCAUUCAUCACCAGAGCAAAAUCACAUUCACUUUUAGUACCACUUAUUGAUGAGCAAGAUAUCAUUAUCAAUGAAAAAGGUAGAGAAGUUGCCUUAGGUAUCGAACAAAAAGAUGAAGAAGAAGAAGACCUUGAAGAUGAAGAUUCAGAUGAUUCAGAUAUUGACAGAGGCACAAUGGUUCCAAGAAACAACUCUGGUGACGAAGAAUAUGACACAGGUACAAUGGUUAUCACUGAUAAUAAAAACUCUUAUGAUACAGUUGUUUUUAAUAAUGAUGAUGAAGAUACAGGUACAAUGAAAUUAAAGAGUACCAUGACAGCUAAAAAAGGUUUUAUUCCAGAUUAUAUGAACCAAUUUAAAAAAACAGAUGAUGAUAAUAAAUAUUCAAGUCACAGUUUAGAUGAUUUGAAAAAAAUGUUGGCAGAUUUAGAAAUUGAAAGAGAAAAAGAAGUUCAAAAAAUUCACGAUAGAUUUUCAAUUAAUCGUCAAGCUUUAUUAGCCGUAAUCGAAGAAAAAAAAGCAACCACCACAAAAAAUUAAAUUUAUUUAUUUAAUUUAAAAAUAAUAAUAGUAAUAAUAAUAAUAUAAAAAAAAAAUUAAAAAAAAAUUAUAUAUAUCUCUUUUACCAAAGAAAACAUUGUAACAAUAAAUUUAGCCUUUUAAAC